ACAGACAAUGGCCAGAUCAUCUUCCCAGAGUCAGACUACCAGAUUUUCUCCUACCCCAACCCACUGCGAACAGGCUUCACAGGCUGGGACCCUGUGGCCCUGGUGGCUCCGUUCUGGGACGAUGCUGACUUCUCCACUGGUCGGGGGACCACAUUUUAUCAGGAAUACGAGACGCUCUAUGGUGAACACAGCCUGCUAGUCCAGGAGGCCGAGUCUUGGAUUAGAAAGAUCACAAACAACAGGGGCUACAAGGCCAGGUGGACCCUAAAGGUCACGUGGGUCAAUGCUCACGCCUAUCCUGCCCAGUGGACCCUCGGGAGCAACACCUACCAAGCCCUCCUCUCCACGGAUGGGAGCAGGUCCUAUGCCCUGUUUCUCUACCAGAGCGGUGGAAUGCAGUGGGACGUGGCCCAGCGCUCAGGCAACCUGGUGCUCAUGGGCUUCUCCAGUGGAGAUGGCUAUUUCGAAAACAGCCCACUGAUGUCCCAGCCAGCGUGGGAGAAGUAUGGCCCUGAUAGAUUCCUGAAUUCCAACUCAGGCCUCCGAGGGCUGCAGUUCUACAGGCUACACCUGGAAGAAAGGCCCAACUACCGUCUCGAGUGCCUGCAGUGGCUGAAGAGCCAGCCUCGGUGGCCCAGCUGGGGCUGGAACCAGGUCUCCUGCCCUUGUUCCUGGCAGCAGGGACGAUGGGACUUACGAUUCCAACCCGUCAGCAUAGGACGCCGGAGCCUCGGCAGCAGGCAGCUGUGCAGCUUCACAUCCUGGCGAGGAGGCGUGUGCUGCAGCUACGGGCCCUGGGGAGAGUUUCGUGAAGGCUGGCACGUGCAGCGUCCUUGGCAGUUGGCCCAGGAACUGGAGCCGCAGAGCUGGUGCUGCCGCUGGAAUGACAAGCCCUACCUCUGUGCCCUGUACCAGCAGAAGCGGCCCCGCGUGGGCUGUGCUACAUACAGGCCCCCACGGCCUGCCUGGAUGUUCGGGGACCCCCACAUUACCACCUUGGAUGGUGUCAAUUACACCUUCAAUGGGCUGGGGGACUUCCUGCUGGUGGGGGCCCAGGACGGGAACUCCUCCUUCCUGCUGCAGGGCCGCACCGCCCAGACUGGCUCAGCCCAGGCCACCAACUUCAUCGCCUUUGCGGCUCAGUACCGCUCCAGCAGCCUGGGCCCCGUCACGGUCCAAUGGCUCCUUGAGCCUCACGACGCAAUCCAUGUCCUGAUGGAUCACCAGACUGUGACAUUUAAGCCUGGCCAUGAAGACGGCAGCGGCCAGGAGACGUUCAAGGCCACCGGAGUCUUCCUGAGCCGCAACGGCUCUGUGGUCUCGGCCAGCUUCGACGGCUGGGCCACCGUCUCGGUGACCGCGCUCUCCAACAUCCUCCACGCCUCCGCCAGCCUCCCGCCCGAGUACCAGAACCGCACGGAGGGGCUCCUGGGGCUCUGGAAUAACAAUCCGGAGGACGACUUCAGGAUGCCCAAUGGCUCCAAUCCCCCAGGGAGCCCUGAGGAGAUGCUUUUCCACUAUGGAAUGACCUGGCAGAUCAACGGCACAGGCCUCCUUGGCAAGAGGAAUGACCAGCUGCCUUCCAACUUCACCCCUGUUUUCUACUCACAACUGCAAAAAAACAGCUCCUGGGCUGAAGCUUUGAUCUGUGACGGAGACAGCUCAUGCAUCUAUGACACUCUGGCCCUGCGCAACGCAAGCAUCGGACUUCACACGAGGGCAGUCAGUAAAACCUACGAGCAGGUGAAUGCCACCCUCAAUCAGUACCCACCCUCCAUCAAUGGUAGUCAUGUGGUUGAAGCCUACAAGGGGCAGAUCACGCUGAUUCAGUACACCAGCAAUGCAGAGGAUGCCACCUUCACGCUCAGAGACAACUGUACCGACUUUAAGCUCUUUGAGAAUGGGACGUUGCUGUGGACACCCAAGUCGCUGGAGCCAUUCACUCUGGAGAUUCUAGCAAGACGUGCCAAGAUUGGCUUGGCAUCUGCACUCCAGCCCAGGACCGUGGUCUGCCAUUGCAGUGCAGAGAGCCAGUGUUUGUACAACCAGACCAGCAGGGUGGGCAACUCCUCCCUGGAGGUGGCUGGCUGCAAGUGUGACGGGGGCACCUUCGGCCGCUACUGCGAGCGCUCCGAGGAUGCCUGUGAGGAGCCGUGCCUCCCGAGUGUCCGCUGCGUUCCUGGGAAGGGCUGCGAGGCCUGCCCUCCAAACCUGACUGGGGAUGGGCGGCACUGUGCCCCUCUGGGGAGCUCUUUCCUGUGUCGGAACCAGUCCUGCCCUGUGAAUUACUGCUACAAUCAAGGCCACUGCUACAUCUCCCAGACUCUGGGCUGCCAGCCCACGUGCAUCUGUCCCCCGGCCUUCACCGACAGCCUCUGCUUCCUGGCUGGGAACAACUUCAGUCCAACUGUCAACCUAGAACUUCCCUUAAGAGUCAUCCAGCUCUUGCUCAGUGAAGAGGAAAAUGCCUCCAUGGCAGAGCUCAACGCCUUGGUGGCAUACAGACUGGGAACCCUGGACAUGCGAGCCUUUCUCCGCAACAGCCAAGUGAAACAAAUCGAUUCCCCAGCACCGGCCUCGGGAAGCCCCAUUCAACACUGGAUGGUCAUCUCAGAGUUCCAGUACCGCCCUCGGGGCCCCGUCAUCGACUUCCUGAGCAACCAGCUGCUGGCCGCGGUGGUGGAGGCGUUCUUAUACCAUGUUCCACGGAGGAGUGAGAAGCCCAGGAAUGACGUGGUCUUCCAGCCCAUCUCCAGGGAAGACGUGCGCGACGUGUCAGCCCUGAGCGUGAGCACGCUGAAGGCUUACUUCAGAUGCGAUGGCUACAAGGGCUACGACCUGGUCUACAGCCCCCAGAGUGGCUUCACCUGCGUGUCCCCGUGCAGUAGGGGCUACUGUGACCAUGGAGGCCAGUGCCAGCACCUGCCCAGUGGGCCCCGCUGCAGGUGCAUAGGGCUGCGGCCAGGAGGUGGAUGACAGUGCUGGGGAACCCAAGCUGGGCAAGACACUGCAAGGGGUCCAGGAAUUAGGAUGGCUCCCUUUGUAAAGAGAGAGAUCAGAGACCAGGGAAGAGGGGACAGUGGAAAAGGAGAGUUGUGAGUGCCUGCUGUGUGUGGAGAAUAAAGGCGCUAUAUUACAAACUCUGAAACCCAAAGGAGCCACAAGGGGCAUUAGAGCCAUUUUGAAGAUGAGAAAACUGCAGCUUAGAGAUGACAAGGAAGCUGCCCUGGGAUGCAGCAGGUUAAGCAGCAGGGCGUGGUUUCCAAAGCCAAACAUUUUUUAUAUUUUUAUGUUUUGAGAUGGAG